AAAUUGUUUGGCCGUAGACUUGGGUGGCUAACACCAAGUAGCUAUAUAAGCCGAACUCGUGCGACGACAGCUGUCAUUGGAGAAAGGAAAGUGAUCUCUUCCCAAAAUGCGUGUGCCUGUGAACCGGUUUUUUGUUGGAUUUACAUCACCUGCGUUUCCGUCAAAUGGGCCGAGCAUGGAAUAACAUCGCAACGGAGGAAUACAAUGAUAUGCGUGAUGCAAUUUUGAGAAUUGCAGUGUUGCUUCAUUGGAGAGAGGCUAGCUAGCUCAAAUAGCUUUGCUAGCUAGCUUGGGGUUUGAUAAAAGUGCGACGUUUCAUCCUCCAGUUUUUUGGACAUGAAGAGGAUAAUUCGCUAUUCAUAGGGGCUGGAAGAAUGGCAUCAGAGGAUAAGACUGUGGAACCCUCUGACCAGGGACCCUCACCGCCCUCCAGCAGUGUAGGGGCCACCUCCACAGGAAGUCCUGCCCACGCAGACAAGCGACCACGUGGCAGGCCGCGUAAGGAUGCUGUUGCCAUCCUACCCCAGGCACCACCCUCAUCCACAUCAAAGAACAGAAAGAAGGGUCGCACCAGAGGGAGGGCUGUUGUGGACGAGGAGGACAGCAUGGAUGGGACUGAGAUAACAGAGUCCUCUGGCCUGCAGGACACAGAAACAACAAUCCAGCCAGUGGAAACUGAGGAAUUGGUGACCACUGAAGUGCCAGAGCAUGAAAAGCCCACUUCUCCUCUGACCCAGAGCCCUCCAGCUGAGAGUUCAGUAGGACCAUCUGCCCCAACGAGUAGAGAAGUCAAAAGCAGCGAGCAUCCUUGUGCCUUCUGUUACUGUGGUAGCCGUAGCCUGCUGGGUCAGGGGGAGCUGCGAGCAUUCAGCACCACGCCUGAGCUUGAAGCACUCCUCAGCCACAAGGAUGGAGGAGGCUCAACAAGCGAAAGCAGUGAUGUCGACAAAACCACUCAGCCAAAAGUGGCAGGAGAGACCACCUCAGGACAGAGGGAAAAGACAAGUGGGUCUGAAAGCUGCGAGGAAGAACCAGACCCAGCCAAUCGAUUUUGGGAUGAGCUUUCUUAUGUUGGCCUUCCACAAGAUCUCAAUGUCCAGUCUCUCUUUAAGUCAGGGCAAUGCUGGGCACAUCAGAGUUGUGCCUUGUGGUCCGAAGGUGUUUGCGAGGGCGAGGGACAAUCUCUGCUUAAUGUGGACAGAGCCAUUGACUCAGGGAGCACAAAGCACUGUGCAUACUGUAAGCGCCUUGGAGCAUCCAUUAAGUGCUGUGCUGAAGGAUGUGCUCAACUCUACCAUUACCCCUGUGCUGGGGCAGCUGGGACCUUUCAGGAUAUCAGGAGUCUGACGCUCCUCUGCCCCGAACACUCUGAAUUGGCCAUUGACAAAUUUGUAGAUGAUGUAAAUUGUGCGCUCUGUGAUAGCCCAGGGGACCUGCUGGACCAGCUCUUCUGCACCAGUUGUGGUCAGCAUUACCACGGGAUAUGCCUGGAUAUGGCCGUGACCCCUCUAAGGAGGGCAGGAUGGCAGUGCCCUGAGUGCAAAAUCUGCCAGACGUGCAAGAACCCAGGAGAGGACACUAAAAUGCUGGUGUGUGACAUGUGUGACAAAGGCUACCAUACCUUCUGUCUGCAACCUGCUAUAGACUCUCUGCCCACCAAUGGCUGGAGAUGUAAGAACUGCAGAGUGUGCAUCCAAUGUGGAACACGAAGCAGCAGGCAGUGGCACCACACAAGCCUCCUGUGUGAGAACUGCGUCCAAAACCAGGACCCUUCUCUGUGCUGUCCCACAUGUGCCUGCAUUCUGGACCCUGAGCAUCACAAAGACUUACUCUUCUGCCACACUUGUAAAAGAUGGCUUCACCUGGAGUGCGAGCGUCAGAACUCAGGCCAAGUAGAAAUCCACCCUCGAGAGGACUAUGUUUGUUCCAACUGCAGGUCUCCUGCUGCAGAGCAGCCGCUACAAGCAGAGGAUAUGGACACCGGCCCAGAGCUCAGCCCUCAGCCAGCCUCCAUGCACACAGACUCUGAGACUGGCCUACAGCUGGCUAAAAAGCACACGGACCUAGAACCUGGCACUCAGCUGCCUCCUGAAAUGCACAAGGACCCCAAACCGGAAUUACUCGCUGUUCCAUUGCACUCAGAUCCAGAGCCUGUUCAGGCUACCGUCCAGGAGGAGAAGCUGGCCACGUCAGCCCAGAAGCCUGAAGUCUCUGUGGAAGCUGAUGUCGAAAUGAAGGUUACUGAAUUGUCUGUCAUCAAAAUCCAAACUGAAUUCAAUCCAGAAACUAAAGCAGCAGCCAGAGUCCAACCUACAGAGAGUCCUGAGCCAUCGGGGACUUCCAACCAGGAGUCUGAUUCUUGUCCAGCCCUGCUCUCUAUGGAGGCACUACAGACACAGGAUACCACUUUACAUAUUAAGCCAGCAAAGACAGAGGCCUGUCCUGAGCAGGGCAUGGCCAACCCCUGCACAAAGGAUUUAAAGGCCAUCAUCUCAACCACCAAAGAACCAAGUACUGCAUCAGUACCUUUCAUGGACCAACCAAUGGAGGUCUCAAUAGUCCAGCCUUCAAGUAUGGAUGUAGUCAGGGCUUCUCUCUUGGAAACUGCUCCAAAGGAACCUAACAAGGAGAGGAGUGAGGUUAUUUUUCACAGGAACCUGGCAGAGACUGUUAAGCCCUCAGCCUCUCAUACAUCUGAGGACAUGUACACUAUUCUGGAGAGCAAGCCUAAUCUCUCGCUUUCCAGCCUGCCUUCAGAGGAGAAACCAAUGAAAUCAUGUGUGGAAAGGUUGGCAGAAAUGGUUUCUUCUCCUUGCCACCUCUCCCCUCUUGCCCGCGGGACCUCUCCCAGAGAGCCACCUCAGACCCAGAUCCUACCUUCACUGGGUGACCACAGCAGUCUAAUACCCACCACCACACUUAUACCACUCACCCCUAAGAUUGGAAUGGGAAAGCCAGCCAUCACCAAGAGGAAGUUUUCUCCUGGGAGGCCACGAGUCAAACAGGGUGCAUGGAGUCCCUAUAGCAGUGUGAGCUCCCCCUUGUCCUGGUCGCCAGACCAGCCAGAGGGGUGGGACGUCCCAAAGACCAGGCAGUCCUCUGGCAGUCCCGGCUGGAGCAUCAGAGUGGGUCGAGGCUCUGGCUUCACUGGAAGGAGGAGGCCCAGAGGGGCUGGUCUGUCAGGUAGAGCUGGACGUGGCAGGGCCAGAGGCAAGAAUGGGGCGAGUCCCAACAUCAACCCCGGGAUCAUCUCUAUAGAAACACCGUACCAGGUCAAGGAGGAAGAGGAGAAUGCCAUGCACAACACAGUGGUCAUAUUUUCAAGCAAUGACAGUUUCACGUUAAAACAGGACAUGUGCGUGGUGUGUGGGAGUUUUGGCCUCGGUGCAGAAGGACGUCUUUUGGCUUGUGCUCAGUGCGGCCAGUGCUACCAUCCAUUCUGUGUUGGAAUAAAGAUUACCAAGGUGGUCCUGAGUAAAGGCUGGCGAUGUCUGGAGUGCACGGUUUGCGAGGCCUGCGGCCAGGCCACAGAUCCUGGUCGCUUGCUGCUGUGUGACGACUGUGACAUCAGCUAUCACACCUACUGCCUGGACCCUCCCCUGCAGAAUGUGCCCAAGGACAGCUGGAAGUGUAAAUGGUGUGUGUCCUGUACCCAGUGUGGUGCCACUACCCCAGGCCUAAGGUGUGAGUGGCAGAAUAAUUACACCCAGUGUGCCCCCUGUGCCAGCCUUGCAUCAUGCCCCAUCUGCCUGGUGGACUACAGCGAAGGCACCACAAUUCUGCAGUGCCGCCAAUGUGACAGAUGGUUCCAUGCUACUUGUCAGGGCCUCCAUUCAGAGGAAGAUGUGGAAAAAGCUGCAGACAGCAGCUUUGACUGCACAAUGUGCCGAACUUUCAAAACCACUAAAGUUGUGACCAAGGCCAGAGACACCAUUGAGCCUGUAGUUAUGACGCAGAUUGUCACAAAGGCGAGAGAAAUGGAUUUGUCAAGGACUUAUACACAGGAUGGAGUUUGCUUGACAGAGUCGGGGCUUUGCCAGUUGCAGAGCUUGUCAGCCACGGCAUCACGGCGCAGGAAACAAAAACCCAAGCUCAAGCUGAAGAUCAUUAACCAGAACAGUGUGGCAGUGCUACAGGCUCCUGUAGACCCCCACUUAGAGCUCCCUCGUGAUGAAGACAUGGAGGACAACAGAGAGGCGGAGCUCCUAGAUUGUGAGGCGAAGUCUGACUCGAGCCUGGAGCGAGAGCCAGCAGAAGACGACUCCAAAGGGGCCGACGGCGGCAAGAAGAGGAAGAGGAAACCGUACCGGCCGGGAAUUGGUGGGUUUAUGGUCCGCCAGAGAAGCCGGCCGGGUCAAGGUCCAGGAAAGGCCAAACGAUCUCUCUGUCGAAAAGAUUCCUCUGGAUCUGUGUCAGAGAUCCCCAUUGGAAAAGAUGAGGGUUGGUCGGAGACUCUGCCUGACACACCGGUGGACGAGGUGCCGCCUGGACCAGAGGUGCCAGAAAAAAUAAAGAAACGCUACCGGAAGAAGAAAACAAAACUGGAGGAAGCUUUUCCCACCUACCUCCAGGAGGCUUUCUUUGGAAAGGAUCUACUGGACAAAAGCAAGCAGAGCAGGCAGCAGGGGGUCGAGUCAGGUUUAAUGGAAGAAGGGCAAAACCAAGUAGAGAGAAGGCAUCCCACUACCAGCUUCCUGGACCACUCAUCAGAUCCUCUGCUCAGCGCUUCAACAUCAGCGCUCCCCAACAGAUCACCAGCAGCACAGACGUCUGAGGAACCAUUAGUUGAUCUAUCUGAUGUUCUGAACACUGAUGCAGACAUCUUGGGAAUGCUGGGAAAGCCGGGCAGUGACUCUGGUCUUGAUUUUUGCCCCUUCCAGGUUGACAGCUCACCUCCUUCUUUUGCUGGUCUGGACAUUGGGAGCCUGACAGAUGGUUCCCCGGUUGCGCCCCACUCUCAGGCUGGCCGGAGGACACCUCGAACCCUCCCAGAGGAGCCCCUGGACGGCAUUCUCAGCCCAGAGCUGGACAAGAUGGUCACUGAUGAAUCAAUUCUAAGCAAACUUUACAAAAUUCCAGAGCUGGAGGGCAAAGAUGUGGAGGAUCUCUUCACAGCAGUGCUGAGCCCCAGCACAAGCCACCCACCUCCCCCUCCACAGGUGCCUCACACUCGGGGUCCGGGGCACCACCCUGCCACAGCUGGCACUAGUAUUUCUCACCCCAAUGCAGGGAAUCCCAUGUUUCCAAGGAUGCCAAUGAUUAAUGGUAUGAUGGGACCAAACCAACGCUUCCCCACAAAUACAGGAGCAGGUCCCUGCAUCCCAGAGAAUUUCUCCCCCCUUAACCGCAUGCCUUUCACUGACAAUCAAAGAGAUAGAAAGUUUAAUCAGAUGCCUAGAGAGGCAGUAGGUCAAUGGACCUCACCUGCCCAUGUUUCUGGCCCUACACCCCCUGGAUCUCUGCCUGAGGGGGAGACUGAAGCCAUGUCAAAUGCCCAAAGGAGUACACUCAAGUGGGAGAAGGAGGAGACUCUUGGAGAGCUGGCCACUGUCGCGCCUGUCCUUUAUACCAAUGUCAAUUUUCCAAACCUUAAAGAAGAAUACCCAGACUGGUCUACAAGGGUAAAGCAAAUUGCAAAACUUUGGAGGAAAGCUAGUUCCCAAGACAGGGCCCCAUAUGUGCAAAAGGCAAGAGAUAACCGAGCAGCCCUGCGUAUCAACAAAGUCCAGAUGUCGAAUGAGACGGUGAAGAGGCACCAUCCACAGCAACAGCCCCCUGAGGUGUUUGAUCCCAACAUACCACUAGACACAGAACUGCUGUUUAAAGACCCUUUGAAACCAAAAGAGUCAGAGCAUGAACAAGAGUGGAAGUUUAGACAGCAAAUGAGGCAGAAGAGCAAACAGCAAGCCAAAAUUGAAGCCACUCAGAAACUGGAGCAAGUUAAGAAUGAGCAACUUCAGCAACAGCAGCAACAACAAGGCAACAGCCAAUCUGAUGGAGAUGGAAACAACAGUGGCAACCAGAGCCCAGCUUCACAGCCCAGUAAUGGCAGCUUGUCCCCCAUGCAGCAAGUCAAUUCUAAAGAGGGCUUUGCAAGGCCACAGCUCCCAGGGACGCCAACUUCAUGUGCUCCAGAGGAUGUGUUCUUACGACCCCCUCCUCCCCCUCCAUCUGGUCCAUCCUCUCAACCUCAGUCACCACAGGUAUUCUCACCAGGUUCUUCUGGUUCAAGACCCUCUUCUCCAUGGGACCCAUAUGCCAAAAUGGUUGGAACCCCAAGACCCCCAAGUCUUGGGCCAAAUACAUGUCGUAGAAUGCCUCCAGAAUCUGGAAAAUCACCCACCUCCUUGAUGGAGCAGCAGGACAGAGGGAGGCCCUCUCCUGCUCAUGAAUCUUUUGGCUCUCCAACUUCGAUGAGUAAUGACCCAUACGCAAAACCUCCUGACACGCCACGGCCUACUGGAGAAAUGGACCCUUUUCUGAAACCCAUGGGACCACCCCGGGCCAGUCAGGCAGCUCAGGGAAGGCCCCCGAUGGGUUCUCCCGGCAGAGAUCCAUACUCAAGGCCCAUGAUAAGAAACGAGGCCUAUCAGCGCAUGGCCCAGAACAGGAUGAUCUUGUCUGACCCUUACUCGAGGCCUUUACUAGCCCCGAUCCCAGGAAGUAAUGAGUCAGGCUCGCUCCCGUUGUUCAAAACACCAAUGCCCCCUUCUCAGGCUCAGGAUCCCUUCAACCGACCAGGUCCACAUCAGUCUGACAGGUUCAUCCAGAAUCACCAGAACGACCCCUAUACUCAGCCUCCGCAUACCCCGAGACCAUCAGGGAACGACAACUUCACAAGUCCUCCCAGAAUGGGCCAGCAUCACCCUCAGGGGCAAUCAUUUGCGCAGCCAGUACCUAUGAACCAAAUGUCAAGAAAUCCUUAUGCUCAUGCACCUUCUACUCCAAGGCCGGACCACUUCACAUAUGACCCUUUUGCCCAGCCUUCUGGUCCCAGCAAGCCAGCUAUUGGCCCUUUCUCACAGUCAACCGGCAACCAACGAUCCUUCAUUGAACCAGGCAGUCAACCUCGCCCAUUUUUUGAGCCCUAUGCACGGCCUCCAGGAACGCCACGUCCUCAUGACAACUAUGGUCAGCCCUCGAAUGUCCCUAGUCCAUCCUCAGACCCUUACUCGCAGGCUCCUUCAACUCCUCGUCCUAGUGGAAUGAACCAGUUCAGUCAUCAGUCACACCUUGGACAGAGGAUGUCACCUUCCCACUCAGUGGACCCUUAUGCUCAACCACCAGGUACUCCAAGGCCCUCUGUGGGAGAGAGGUUCUCCAAGUCACCGGGCAGCCAGAGGGGGCAGAUAGAGCCGUUUACAAGUACACCUGGGACUACAAGACCAGGGAGUAGUGACAUGUUUUCACAGCCUGGGGCCCCCAGACCAUUGCUUAAUGACCCCUAUGCUCAGCCUCCAGGGACCCCACGGCCAGGUCCUGAUGGACUCAGCAGACAAGGUCAAAGGCUUGGACCAAUGGGAGGCCAGGAUCCAUUCUCCCCUCCUCAAAGCAGACUUCAAGAGAACUUCCCUCAUCCGGGCUGCCAAACACCAAAACACUCUGGUGUGUCGGAAGAUGGAUUCACUCAGUCACCCUCCAGAAGACCUAGUCAGACACCUAGCCAUGACCCCUUUGAACAAAGGGAAAUGAAAGAUCAGUCAGGUGUGGGGAAUAAUGGAACUGUCCCUCAAGACCUACAAAUACCUGGUGCUUCCUCUGAGGCUCAGGGUGUUGCGCUCGCUGAUAGCGAAGAAAGACUCAGACAGCGACAACGAAUAAGAGAACUAAUCCUCAAGCAGCAGCAGCAGAGGAGCGCUAUUCGUCAGGAGAGGGGCCCUCAGGAGCCUGUUGGCAACAUUCCUCCAGGAACACCACGACCCUGGCCCCAAGAGGCCCCUGGGCAACCAGGGGAAAUGUUUAACCGGCCUCCCCCCCCUUACCCUGGACAAGUACCCAUGAGAGGACCAAUGAGGUUUCCUGGACCUUUUCCAGGAGAUCAGCGUGUCCCUUUCCCUAAUGAAGGACAAAUCCCCAGGGGUCCACAUCCCGGAGACCCUAAUUUGAGACAUCAGGGGCCAAGGUUUGCAUUUCCACCAGGGGUUCUAGGACCUCAUGGGGCCCAAGAGUUCUUCCCCCGGGGGCACCACCCAAUGCAGGAUGUCCCUCCUCAAAUGAGACGGUCCAUGUCAGCUGAAAUGGCAAAGAGUAUGGGAGGCAACCCUAUGGGGAUGCCCCAGCACUUUCCACCACGUGGUAUGCCUGUGCAGCAACACAACAUCAUGGGCCAGCCUUUCAUUGAAUUACGACACAGAGUAGCAGAAAAUAGGCCACGUAUGCCAUUUCCCCCGGGUGCUAUGCAAGGUGGCAACAUAGAUCCCAACUUUCAGGGUCAGCGGCUACCAGGCUUCGCAGGAGGAUCUGAUUCCAGGUUUCCUAUAAAUCAGGGGCUCAGGAUGGUUGAUGCCAUGGCCGGCCAAAGCGGACAUUUACAUCUAUCUACCAGCAUGGACAAUCUUCAUCAGCAAGUCCAAAUGCCAGAUAACAACUCGCUCAAACAAUCUUUUAUGAGAUCCAUGAGCCAGCCUGCUUCCAGUGACAGCCAAAACAUGACAGCAUCUAUGAUCCUGUCUGCACCCUCUGCUGGGCAGACUGAGGCAGUCUCUGAAGGUGUGGAGGAAAAACUUGAUGCAGAGGAAUCAGCAGUGAAAGAUCUUGAGGAUGUGGAGGUGAAAGACUUGGUGGAUGCAGACUUGGAGAACCUUAAUUUGGAUCCUGAAGACGGAAAAGACCUAGAUCUAGAGACAAAUGACCUACACCUUGAUGACUUCUUAACAUCAGGGAAAUUCGACAUUAUUGCCUAUACAGACCCUGACCUAGAUGACAUCAAGAAAGACCUGUUUAAUGAGGAGCUGGAUCUCAGUGAUCCUAUGGAUGACCAUAAUGACACUGCAGAUAUCAGUAAAACUUCAAGCACAGUAACUGAGGCUUCAUCGAGUUCUGCAUCUGUACUGGCAAAGUCAGAGGCCUCAGGUGAGCAGUCUUCAGCUGAAAUCAAGCUGGAAGCCUCUGGGAGUCAGGACUCUGCCUCUUUCGCACACGGCAAGGAAAUAAAACUAGAGGUCAAGGACUGUCAGAACCCCCCUGAGGUCGUUGACCAGCAAACCUCCAACCAGCAGGGAGUUCUGUCUGACUCCACCCCGGUCCUGUCUAGUUUACUCAUUAAGCAGCAGCCUGAAGAGCAGUCAUUAAAUACAAUCAUGGAAUCUGUCAAUCCAGGAGGUAACCUCAUGCCCCAGCAGAACCAAGUCACAGACACUCAGCAUACAGCUGGACUUACAAUAACUCAAACCAUACCUGACGCUACCUCUACAGGAGAAGCCUCUAUGGCCGACUUUGAGGCAGACCACCAGAUGGGGCUUGCUGGAAUUGACCAGAGCGGUCUGAGCCUGGCUCAGCAGGCUGCACUGAACCAGGCGUUGGGCCAGCACAGCCUGCAACAUCGGCCUCUUCUGCUAGAGGAGCAGCCACUCCUACUGCAAGACCUCCUGGACCAGGAAAGGCAGGAGCAACAACAGCAGAGGCAGAUGCAAGCCAUGAUACGACAACGCUCCAGCGACUCCUUCUUCCCAAACAUUGAUUUUGAUGCCAUCACCGAUCCCAUAAUGAAAGCCAAGAUGGUUGCUUUGAAAGGCAUCAACAAAGUCAUGGUUCAGAACAACAUGGGAAUGAAUCCAAUGGUCAUGAACAGAUUUCCUGCUGUCCCUGUACCACCUUCUCCUGAAAGCACACCACUUCCACCACAAGUUGUUGGACAGGAUGGCAAAUUGACACAAGUUGCAAGACCGAAUCCACCAAACUUUGGACCAGGAUUUGUCAACAAUGCUCAGAGGGCUCAGUACGAGGAGUGGCUCCAGGAGACUCAGCAACUACUUCAAAUGCAGCAGAAGUUUUUGGAAGAGAAGAUUGGAGCUCAUAGGAAGUCUAAGAAAGCCCUGUCUGCCAAACAGAGAACAGCUAAGAAAGCGGGGAGAGAGUUCCCUGAGGAGGACGCUGAGCAGCUCAAACAUGUCACAGAGCAGCAGGGUGUAGUGCAGAAACAACUGGAGCAGAUCCGCAAGCAGCAGAAGGAGCAUGCUGAACUUAUAGAGGAGUACAGAGUGAAACAGCAGCAAAACAAUAUGACACCCAUACUGCCUGGGAUGCACCCAAUGGCAGGUCCUGCUGGUAUGGUGCCCAGUGGACCUCCAAUGGCCCCAAGUGGACCAUCAAUGGGCCCCAGUGGACCUCCAAUGGGCCCCACUGGACCUCCAAUGGUCCCCAGUGGACCUCCAAUGGGCCCCAAUGGACCUCCUAUGGUCUCCAGUGGACCUCCUAUGGUCUCCAGUGGACCUCCUAUGGUCUCCAGUGGACCUCCAAUGGGCCAACCACCUAUGAACCCCAUGAUGCAGAUGCCUCUUCAUCCUGGUCAGCCAAAUGCACCUCAGUGUUUGCCCAACCCACCACCCGGCUGGCAUCCUGGUGCUCCCAUGCCCAUGGCCGGACAAGGGCUUCCACCUAUAAUGCCCCCGCGGGUACCUGUAGCAAAUCCUGGUCAACCUCAUCAGAUGACGAUGGGUAACAUACCUCAACACCCACAAAUGCCUGUGGAUCCCCAGGCACAAGCCGCUCCAUCAGGUGGUGGUAAACCCAUGCAAGGAGGGGGUAUGAAUUUUGACGACAACAACCCAUUCAGUGAAGGCUUCCAGGAGCGGGAGAGGAGGGAGCGACUUCGGGAGCAGCAGGAGAGACAGCGGGUGCAGCUGAUGCAGGAAGUUGAACGACAGAGAGCCCUGAAACACCGAAUGGAAAUGGAACAGCAAGGGAUGAUGGGCCAAGAUGGGAACAUGGCACCUCUCACUCAGAUGCCAUUUUUUAACUCGGAGCUGCCACAGGACUUCAUGCAGCCCCAGAGGCCACCUCUGCAACAACAACAACCCGGGACGAUGUUCCCCCAGCACCAGGGCAUGAUGCCCAGUAUGGGCUCAACACCCGGAGCCUUUAUGCAAGGAGAAAGGAGGGCAAUGAUGGGCAAUGGAAUGAUGCCCCGCGACAUGGGGCCUGGUUUUGGACCUGAUAAUCUCACUCUACAGGCACCUAAUUUCCAGGGUCAUCCCAGACCUCGUCAGUUCAGUGGACCUGGAAUGAUGCUUCCGAUGCCAGGUGAGGGUCCUCCAUUCGGAGGUGAUUCAGCCACACCUCUACCAUCUAACUUCCCCGGCUCUGGCCAGUCUCUAAUUCAACUUUACUCCAACAUCAUCCCAGACGAGAAAGGAAAGAAAAAGCGGAAUCGCAAAAAGAAGAAAGAUGACGAUGCAGAUUCGGUUAAGACACCUUCAACUCCACACUCAGACCUCACAGCCCCUCUAACACCAUGUGUCUCAGACACCUCGUCAACCCCAACCAGAAACACCCAUCUCUUUGGUGACCAGGACUUGUCAAGGUCCCCGUUGCUGGGAUCUUCCACCCCCAGUCACUCUGAGCUGGAAAGGCAACUUUCUGGAGGUCAGUGUGGACAACAUAGCUUGUCCUCAGACUCAGCUAGAGCUCAGGCUCAGGAACAUGAUAGGAUCCUCAACAACAUCAAGCUGGAGCAGACGGAUGUCAGUGAGUGUCACGGGCCCAGAGAAGGAAACAUUGUAUCUGGAAUGAACUCUGUGAAGGAGGAGGGUAAUAAAGGGAGCAUGUCUCCCUUUGCUGCAGGGCAAAGUCCAAAUAAGGGGGAAGCAGGCAAUGAACUACUAAAACACCUUCUGAAAAACAAGAGCACACCUCCACAUGGACUGUCCCAGCAGAGGUCAGAGGAGAGCAUGCGCUCGGAGGAAGAGGAGGCCACAGACUGCAAAUCUUUGCUGAGGCAAAGCUCCAUGGACAGCAAUGGGGCAUACUCAGAUGGCAUCCCAGACUUUCCUGGACCUCUGCUCCCUGAACAGGAGAAGAAGAAAGGGAGGAAUAAGAGGGCUCCAAAAGGAGGGGAGAAACCUGCUUCUAGAUACAAGAAGAGGAAAAAGGAAGGGGAUGACAGGCAGCUGAUGCACUCUGGCCCUGACUCUGUAAUGACCCAAAUCAAACAGCAGCUUUCCCUCCUGCCCCUCAUGGAGCCUCUGAUUGGAGUCAACUUUGCUCAUUUUGCUCCCUACGGCAGCGGCCAGCUCAACGGAGAGAACCUCCUAUCUGGUACUUUUGGCAGCGCCACACUUGAUGGAGUCUCUGACUACUACUCCCAACUGGCCUACAAGCAGAGUAACCUGAGCAAUCCACCAACACCACCUGCAUCUCUUCCUCCCACCCCACCACCUGUGAACCGACAGAAAAUGAUCAAUGGAUUUGCCACAACAGAAGAGCUGGCCAGCAAAGCUGCUGCCAUGGUGUCUAAAGGCCUCGUCCCCAAGCCACUCCAUGUCCCGUUCAGGACUGAGGAAGAUCUAUUAGCCCGUGCCAUUGCACAGGGACCAAAAACUGUGGAUGUCCCAGCCUCCCUCCCCACUCCUCCUCACAACAACCAGGAGGAGCUCAGCAACCGAGGACAGGAGCCUUGCAAGGACCGGGACACACCUGAUAGCUUUGUUCCUUCCUCUUCUCCUGAGAGCGUGGUUGGCAUGGAGAUCAGUCGCUACCCAGACCUGUCUCUGGUGAAGGAAGAGCCACCAUCCCCCUGCCUGUCUCCAGUCCUGCCCAUGCUUCCUGCACCUGAUGGGAAAGGAACACAAAUAAAACUGCAAGACAUUAAAACGGAGCCUUCAGCAAUGUUCUUUGGCACUCCCUUUGGGCCCAUGUCUAAUGGUUCCAAACAAGGGCUAGUAUCUGUGGCUAUCACACUGAGACCCGCUGCAGCAGAGAACAUCACAGGUGUAGUAGCAGCCAUUUCAGACCUACUGUGUGUGAAGAUCCCCAGCAGCUAUGAGGUCAGCAGCACCCCAGACAGGGGGUCCCUAUCCAUACUCGGUGGUCCAAGGAUGGGCCCCCACGGCAUGGAGCCUCGGCCUCACAUGCUCUUCCGCGGACAAGGAGACAAUGGAGGGCUUCACGGUCGGCCAGGACAGAUGAUGAGGCCCGUCGGAGUGCAGGGGAUGACGCAACAGCAGCAGGCACAUCAUUUCCUAUUCCAUCCCAACAGCCCAGGUGCAGCUUUGGCUCGAGGACUUGACCAGAAGACCACUGCCAGUCCGGGAUGUAAACCUCAGUGGUGUUGCCACUGUAAGGUGGUGGUUCUGGGAAAUGGAGUGCAGAAAUCCAUCAAAGAUCUCCCUGCCCACAUGAAGGAAUCUGAAGGCCGUUUGAAAUCUGAAGAAGACCUGGUCUUCUGCAGUCACAGCUGCUUCCUUCUAUACUGCUCCUCGGCACCUCUGCAAUCCAGAUCUCUCACAGAAACUAAGGAAUCCAUGUCCCUUCUGCCUACAUCAGUGCAAACAGAGAGCCUGUCUAAAACUCUGCACCAGUAUAGUAACAACAUGUCAUCUAUGGAUGUUCACUGCCUGGCCCAGCUUCAGCCAAAACAGUCUCCCCCCUCUACUCCUCCGAUCCCUUUCCCCACAGCAGGCGAGACUUCAAAGACCGAGACCAAGUCAGAUGCCAUCAAAGUAACAGUGAAGCUGAAGGCCCGGCCGAGGUCACAUGACGGCUGGCACCAGGGUAAGAGACAGAAAGGACUCCGCUGGAGGAAGUGGACUGUCCAGGUUGUGGUGCCAAGAGGAAACUCCCAGCUCCCGGAUGAGGAUAAGAUUGAUGAGCUCCUAAAGAAACUCGGGGCCUCCCUGCGGCCACCUGUGUCUCUGCGGGACUAUAGGCGGUGCUGUUUCUGCCACCAGUUUGGAGAUGGGAUCACCGAUGGCCCUGCUCGGCUUCUAAACUUAGAUCUUGAUGUUUGGGUUCACCUUAACUGUGCCCUCUGGUCGACUGAGGUGUAUGAGACGCAGGCUGGCGCCCUCAUCAACGUGGAGCUCGCAUUGCGGCGUGGACAAACAGUACGAUGCGCCUUCUGCCAGCAGACUGGAGCGACCAGCGGCUGCCACCGCCUACGCUGCACCAAUGUCUACCAUUUCACCUGUGCUCUGCAAGCUCACUGCACCUUCUUCAAGGACAAGACCAUGCUUUGUCAUGCCCACAGGCCCCGGGGAACAGCCGGACAUGCACUGGAUCAUGAGCUGCGCUGCUUUGCUGUCUUCAGACGCGUCUACGUCCAAAGAGACGAGGUGCGUCAGAUUGCAACUGCUGUGCGACAGCCUGAGUUGGGCUACACCUUUCGAGUCGGCAGUCUGGUGUCGCAUGUAAUGGGCCAGCUCACCCCUCAACAGAUGGCAGCCUUCCACUCCCCAACAUGCAUCUUUCCGGUCGGCUAUGAGGCUUGCCGCAUUUACUGGAGCAUGCGCCAUGGCAACCGCCGCUGCCGCUACAUCUGUUCUGUUGAGGAGCGAGAUGGCCUGCCGGAGUUCUCCAUCAGAGUCAUCGAACAGGGCUACAAAGACCUGGUCCUGACUGACGCCUCUGCUAAAGGAGUGUGGGAUAAGGUUCUGGGUCCUGUGGCUGAGAGCAGAAAUGAAUCAGGAACUCUGAAGCUCUUCCCUGUGUACCUGAAAGGAGAGGACUUGUUUGGACUCACAGUCCCUGCUGUGGCCAAGAUCACAGAAUCGCUGCCAGGAGUGGAGGCUUGUGAACGAUACUCCUUCCGUUAUGGACGCAACCCUCUGGUGGAAUUGCCUCUCGUGUUUAAUCCAGCUGGCUGUGCACGAGCCCAGCCAAGAACAAGCUCUCCUUACACCUCACUGGUGAUAAGGCCACAACCUCAGGCGGUCUCCAGCAGCAGUGCCAGGUCCAACCAGAAUGUGGCCCAAGGAGAAGGUGGCGCCCCCCAUAGCAAGCCUCCGGUAGUGCACCCCAGGUCUUCUCAAUACCGCUGGAUGAAGAGUGAGUGGAGAGCCAAUGUCUAUCUGGGACGCUCCCGCAUCCAGGGCCUGGGGCUGUUUGCUGCUAGAGACAUGGAAAAACAGACUAUGGUGAUUGAGUACAAUGGAACCGUCCUCCGAAAUGAGGUUGCCGUCAGCAAGGAGAAUAUCUACAGAUCACAGAACCGAACAAUUUUCAUGUUCCGCAUCGACAGCGAACAUGUUGUUGAUGCCACUCGAAGUGGGGGGCUUGCAAGAUAUAUCAACCACUCUUGUGGCCCGAACUGUGUUGCUGAGGUGGUCACAUUUGAACGAGGCUACAAAAUCAUCAUCAGCUGCCUUCGCCGAAUCGAAAAAGGAGAGGAGCUGUGUUUCGACUACCAGUUUGACAUUGCGGCGGGUCAACACAAGAUCGCUUGCCACUGUGGAGCUCCUGAAUGCAGGAAGUGGAUUAACUGAAGAGAACAGAAGUGACUAAUUUAAAUGCAUUCCUUGCUAAAGUGAGUGUGAAAGCUGUGAUCUCUGCAGAGAGAGACAAACCGCUUCACGCUUAAGUCAUUUUAAGAGCAGAAGGCCCGAACCGUUGGAGGAGAUGAAUGAAUUGAGGUGUUGGUUUAUUAAGAUCAUGGUCAGGUGACGGGGUGGAGGAAGGGGAAUAGAACACAGUAGCAGGAUGUGACUUGUGCCAUACUAUGUGAGAGGCUCAGUUGUAUGAGAUGCCUCCGUCUGUCUUUACGCGUUUGUGCGUUUUGGUGUACAUGGGUUGAGGAAUCCACCAGCGAAUGAGAAAGCACUGUGCAGGGUGCGGCCUUAUUGCUUACUAAGGGCAGGCCCUUUUGUUUCAUACUGUUAAUGUAUACCGUAUGACUAAAUGUAGACAUCACUGAAUGAGGAAUGUACAGCAAUGAACACUGCGAAGGGAAUAUUAACUUGCACUAAGAAAAAAAACAAAAAGAAACAAAAAAAACACACAUACACACAAAAAACUUUUAAAUACUUGAUUCCAUGAGUCAGUUUUAUCAUAGGUCUCUGUCAUGUAAUUUGUGUGAACUUUGAGAGGUUUUGUAUUUAUUACUGAGUGAAUGAAUUUUAUUCUCAAAAUGAUGAGAUUGAGUUGAAGAAGGCUAGAGUGCUAUUGUUUUUAAAGAUUGAGGAAGACAUGCUGUUACUUUUUGUAUAAAUGUACAUAAAGAAAACUAUAGGAAUAACCGACCAAAUACUACCUUAACCUUCUCGAUGUUUGGGUGUUUUUCAAAAAUGUUUCUGUUCCGUUUGUCAUUGAAAUUUAUUUAAGAUGGACGUUAUUUCAGUUUGAGAGUAUAUAUUAUGAUUAUUCUGUACAGAAUUUGUAAUAUAACCACAAUAAUUCACAAAGUAUUUUUGUUGUAUUAAAAGUAAGGUAUUGUAGCGUAGUGUUUUGUGACUUACACAUACUUUGACCACUCAAAGAAUAAAUAUUUUUGUUGACUAACGUAACGAGUUAUCGGUUACAGAAUAAAGGAAAGGAAAAAGAAAAACCUUCAAAUAGAAAGAGAUCCGUGCGAUCUGUUUGCUGUAAUCAGGUUUGGUUUUAAAGAACUGUGAAUUAGGUUUUCAAACCCAAAAAACUUUUUAACUUUUUAACAUAAAUAAGAACACCGACAUGUAUUUACCUGUAUUUGUUUUUACAUUGCUUUGAAAAUAAGGUGCAACCGUCUAAUGAUGUUGUCGAGUUAGACAAAACCAGUGUGUGACCGAGAGAAUUGUAUGUUGAAUCAUUCUUUGGAACUGUAGGUUGUUCUGCUCCUUUGAACAGAAAUGGCAUUCUCCUUAAUCAGAAAUAUUUCUUAUACUGAAACUUCACAAGUCACAUGCUUCGAAGCGCAAGAGCUUCUGCGUGCACAAUUUCAAGUCGACUGUAAAAUUUUGGAGACAGUCUUAGAACUUGUAAUGUAUAUGGCAUGUAUUUUUUUAACUUUCCGAAGACUCAAUUGUAUAUAUUUUUCUCAAUGAAUGGUUGUAACAAAAUUCUUUCUUGGAUAUAUUUCUUCUCUUGUAUGAUAUUAAAUCAUCCUGCCAGUGUGUUUGUGCAACAUUUUCUUGGUCGUGUAGUCAGAUUUUUUUUUUUCUUCCUUUUAUCCUUUUUUUUUUCUCCUUUUUUUUUGAAAAUGCCUUUUGAAGUGUACAGAGUAUGAGGUUUGGAGUUUGUGGAAUUGAAUUUAGAAACAUUUACAAAAAUAAACUAUUUUACAUGUUAA